AUGCGCGAGAUCGUACACAUCCAGGCCGGCCAAUGCGGCAACCAGAUUGGCGCCAAGUUCUGGGAAGUCAUUUCGGAUGAGCACGGAGUUCAGCCCGAUGGAACUUACAAGGGAGAGAGCGACCUUCAGCUUGAGAGGAUCAAUGUCUACUAUAAUGAGGCCAAUGGUUCGUUCUGCUUAUAAAACAUACGUUGUAGAGAAAAAGACCAUAAAAAAGUAGAAAAAAAACGAUUUUGCAAAAUGUCCAUGGAGCGCACUUCAACUUUUGCCGUACAUUUAUUGCGGCUCUUUUUUCCAAACUUUUUUCUUUACAGCAGUUUCUACCAGGCUUUAAUAGUAUCUUAUUUUAUCACCACAACUAUUUAGCCGGAAAGUACGUGCCUCGCGCGGUGCUCGUCGACCUCGAGCCGGGAACCAUGGAUUCGGUCCGCUCGGGGCCGUUUGGGCAGCUUUUCCGACCUGACAACUUUGUCUUCGGCCAGUCGGGAGCUGGUAACAAUUGGGCCAAAGGCCACUACACCGAAGGCGCUGAACUUGUCGACAACGUCUUGGACGUUGUUCGCAAGGAGGCCGAGGGAUGCGACUGUCUUCAGGUUCCUUUUUCAUGUCUUCCUUGAAGAGUACCUUGUUAAAAAUCACUCAUUCGGAACCUGAGUAAAAACCUCUAUGUGGUACUAUCAUUUCUUGUCCUUGACCGAAAAAUUUCAUAAAUGAGCUCUGUCAAAAUCAUGUUUUAUAAAGCUCCGACUACCAUUUAAAAACGAGUUCAACCGAAAAGACCGACUUUUUUGGAUUUUUCAGAAGACCAGAUCAGAAAUCCUUCCACAGUCAACCAAAUUAACGGUUUCAGGGCUUCCAACUGACGCACUCGCUCGGCGGCGGAACCGGCUCCGGCAUGGGAACGUUGCUGAUCAGCAAGAUCCGCGAGGAGUACCCCGACCGGAUCAUGAGCUCGUUCAGCGUCGUCCCAUCGCCCAAGGUCUCAGACACGGUCGUCGAGCCGUACAACGCCACCUUGUCCGUUCAUCAACUCGUCGAGAACACCGACGAGACAUUCUGCAUCGACAACGAGGCUCUCUACGACAUCUGCUUCCGCACGCUCAAGCUCACCAAUCCGACCUACGGAGAUUUGAACCAUUUGGGUUGGUUUUGACUGGUAAAGCCAAAAAUAUUGUCAUUUUAGUCUCGGUGACCAUGUCUGGCGUGACGACUUGCCUCCGAUUCCCUGGCCAACUUAACGCUGACCUUCGAAAAUUGGCCGUCAACAUGGUACCAUUCCCACGACUCCACUUCUUCAUGCCCGGCUUCGCCCCUCUUUCUGCCAAGGGAGCUCAAGCCUACAGAGCCCUGACGGUCGCCGAAUUGACUCAGCAGGUAGGGUAUCGAGUUUUAAAGCAUCAUGACGAUGUCUUCUCCAGAUUCCCUAGAACAACACAAUCUCAUGAAGCCCUUGACGACACCCUUUUGCAGAUGUUCGACGCCAAGAACAUGAUGGCGGCGUGUGACCCUCGCCACGGACGUUAUCUGACCGUGGCGGCCAUGUUCCGAGGCCGAAUGUCGAUGCGGGAAGUCGACGAGCAGAUGAUGUCGGUCCAGAACAAGAACUCGUCCUACUUCGUCGAGUGGAUCCCCAACAACGUCAAGACCGCCGUUUGCGACAUUCCACCGAGGGGACUCAAGAUGGCGGCUACUUUCAUCGGAAACUCCACUGCCAUCCAGGAGCUGUUCAAGCGCAUCUCCGAGCAGUUCACAGGUAUGAACUUCCAGUGUUUGAUGUUUGGGUCUCAAGACCUUGAGAGGUCUUUGAAAGAAGCUCAGGAAGAAUAAUGCCAUUUUAAAGUCACGAUGACUUUUUUCCAACCUCAAUAUAGGUUUUGAGGUACGUAAUACUGAAAAAUCUGCUCUUGCGAAAAUUCCUGAAAGCCUUGAGGAUUCAAAUCGCUCGAGAAAAUCCAGAAAAAUAAUAUCCUUUUCUAAUCCGCAGUACAAACUUUGAGGCUUGAGGAAUAUAAUGGCUCCAAAUUUAUUAUUUUGUUCUUCCUUGGCUCAUUUUCGAAGCCUCUUUCUUGUAAGGCAACUCAGUCAACUCCUGGUCCCUCCUAAAUCUGAAAAAAAACCUCGAUAGGACCUGGUGCGCUCCGAGGAGAAUUCCUCCUCUUCUAGUACCCCAACUUCUUUUUUGCAUUCUUCCUGAAGGCUAUUUGAUCUACCUGGGAAGCCUAAAAACCGCCACAACUUUUUCUUUGACUAACACUAUUUCGUCGUUAUCUAUCUGUGAGAAAACGACGAAACAGUGUAGGUCAGAGAUAGAGUUGUGGCGAUCUUCAGGCGUCCCGUGUUGCUGGAAGAAAAAUCAAGGAAGGUAGGAACUUUUGCGCUCCAAGGUUAACUUUCAUGCUGACGCCGCUAAAAUGAUCACUAGAAAUUCUCAUUCUUCCGAAACAGUUUCAAAACUGAUAGGUCGCUUCAGAACAUCCCAAAGAAAACUGAAAUUUCAGCAAUGUUCCGCCGAAAAGCCUUCCUCCACUGGUACACGGGCGAGGGAAUGGAUGAGAUGGAGUUCACCGAGGCCGAGAGCAACAUGAAUGACCUGGUCUCCGAGUACCAGCAAUACCAAGAAGCCACCGCCGACGACGACGAUGCUGGCCUGGAAGGCGGCGCCGCCGACGGCGAAAACUACCCCGAAAAUGAAUAA